UUGACAAAGACAAAAAUGUCUGCGCCCAUGACUGAGAGUGCUGUUGACCACUUGUCUGCAGUUCGACAUGUCAUACUGGUUUUGUCUGGGAAGGGUGGAGUUGGGAAAAGUACAGUUGCCACACAAAUAGCUUUAGGUCUCAGGCAUGCUGGAAAGAAGGUUGGUUUACUUGAUGUUGACUUGUGUGGUCCCAGUAUCCCUCGUAUGUUUAAUGUCCAUCAACAAGAUGUGCAUCAGUGUACAGAGGGGUGGCUUCCAGUUUUUGUUGACAAGGAACAAAAACUUGCAUUGAUGUCAAUAGGCUUUUUGGUUGAAAAUGCUCAAGAUGCUAUCAUUUGGAGAGGACCAAAGAAAACAGCAAUGAUUAAACAGUUUCUAAGGGAUGUUGUUUGGAGAGAUAUAGAUUACUUAAUCAUUGACACACCUCCAGGAACAACAGAUGAACACAUCAGUGCUAUUGAGAACCUGAAAACAUACAAUCCUGACGGAGCAAUACUGGUCACCACCCCACAGGCAGUUUCUGUGGGAGAUGUGAAAAGGGAGAUAACUUUCUGCAGGAAAACCCACAUACCUGUCAUAGGAAUAAUCGAGAACAUGAGUGGAUUUGUCUGUCCAAACUGUACUGAAUGUACAAAUGUGUUUUCAAAAGGGGGAGGACAAGCACUAGCGAAAGAAUACCAUGUGCCAUUUUUGGGUUGUAUCCCUUUGGACCCUGAGCUCUCAAAAUGUUCUGACGAAGGUAAAAGUUUCAUCGAACACUAUGAGGGAUCUCCAACAUUAUAUGCUAUCCAAAAAGUGGUGGAUCGAUUAAUUCAAAUUGACAGAGACCUCCCUUGAACUAGGAACUGAAAAAUUGCAGGACCCAGCCAACAGAAAAAAGUGCUCCAUGAAUAAAUCAUUCAGUGAUUACUGCUGAAUGACUUGGUGAUAUUAUUAUAUAUAUACAGCUAUAUUAUUCAUCCUCGUCUUAACAUCUGACAUUGUUGACACACAGCAGUGUAAGAGCUCAUUGAAAUAAUAACUUCAUUUACAUGAAAUUUUUUUGUUCAUUAGUGAUUUGCAAUUGAAAAGGAACUGCCAAAACAUUUUGAAAAUUAUUUAUAUUUAAUAAGCAUUCAGUUUUUGAAAUACAAUGUAUUGGAUAAAUGCUUUGCUUAUCAGAGAAAUAUUUUGCAUAGUUUUAGUACAGGUCAUAUUUUGUAUUUUAAGUUUGAAUAAAUCCAUGUCAUUCCCCAUCUCAGUAGUGCUAGCUCUUGUUUAACUUUUUUUUUUUUUGACAAUAUACUUGUAUUGAUAUGUUUGUAACAGCUUUCAGUAUAUAAAUAAAUAUGUAUUUUAAUCAAUUUUUUAGUGCCAUACUGUACUUAUUAUCCAGUCCCUGAAAGUACAUUUUGUUAGCUAUAAUGUACAUUCCAUGUAUUGUACUGAGCAAAUUAGUUUUGUUAAUUUAGUUUUGUUAACAUUACAUGUAUUAUAAACAUUUUAGCUGCCUAAAAAUAGAAUUGAAACAAAUAAAAACAAAAAGUACAAUUAUUUUGGCACUUCAUUCUGAUAUUACAUGUACAUGUAUUAUUGUAUAAAGCCUUACUUUGAUAAGUUUUCGUUUUGCCCAAUUUUGGUAUAAAACAAAUUCUAUUAUUAAAGAGAAGUACAUGUAUGUAGAUAUACAUUUUUCCUUUGCAAUUCUUUGAAUGAUUUUCAAUUAUUCAGAAUAAACUGUACAUAUUCAGCAGUUUUCCUUAUUUUGAUCGAAUAGAAAAAUAGCCCAGAAUGUGUCCUGUGUUUAAAUGGGUGUAUUGGUAAAAGCCAGAAAUAAGGCAGGAUUGUUGAAUGGGAACUUCACACUUUUUAGUUUGCCUGUGCUUAUGAUAGAAAAGUCACUCAUGCAUUUCUUGGAUCCUUGUCUACAUUUGGAAUAAAAGGUUAUGUUACAGUU